AUGUGCAUAACUGCACAUUUCAUUGAUAGUGAGUGGAAGCUGCAAAAGAAGAUUAUUUCAUUUGUUCCUAUAUAUUCCCACAAGGGGGAAAGUAUUGCAAAGACUUUAGAGAGUUGUCUUUUGGACUGGGGUCUAAAAUCAGUGUUUAGUGUGACAGUAGAUAAUGCUUCCAGCAAUGACACUGCCCUAGGAUUCUUGAAGAAGAAGUUGGGCUCUUGGGGUUGUACUGCUGUUAGGUGUAAGUAUUUGCACAUGAGGUGCAUUGCUCACAUUCUUAACUUGGUGGUACAAGAUGGGUUGAAAGAAUGUGACAGUUCUGUUAAGAAAGUCAGGGAUGCUGUUAGGUAUGUGAGGAGCUCACCUGCUAGGUUGCAGAAGUUUAAAUCACUAGCUGAUCUAAUUGGGGUGGAAGCUAAGAAUUCUCUGUGUCUAGAUGUCCCUACAAGGUGGAAUUCCACAUAUAUGAUGCUUAAUACUGCAUUAUUGUUUCAGAAGGUAUUUGAAGCCUAUGAUGAUCAUGACAGUUCAUUUAAAUCUGAUUUGGGUGGAAGUGUACCUGAUUUCUUAGAUUGGGAAUCCAUUCAAUCUUUGGUUAUGAUUCUGAAAUCUUUUUAUGAAAUGACUUUUAGGAUUUCUAGAUCAUUGUAUGUGACUUCUAAUACCUUUUUCUCUGAGAUUUCUGAUUUGUCUUGCUUGUUGAAAAAUAUGGAGGAAGCUACAGAAGAUAGUGUUAAACUGAUGGGUAAAAAUAUGAGGGCAAAAUUUGAUAAGUAUUGGGGUGAGCCUGAAAAAAUGAAAUUUUUGAUAUUCUAUGCAAAUAUCUUAGACCCCAGGGACAAAAUUGAGUAUAUGCCCAUUCAGUUUAACCAGUUAUAUGGUGAGGACAAGGGUAAAACAAUGUUUGAUAAGGUUAUUGUUGGCCUUAAGGAGUUGUUUGAAGAUUAUGUUGCAUGCUUCCCUGUCCAGUCUGUUGAACAAUCUAAAAAAUCUUUUCCCUCAAUAACAAUGUCUGAUUCUGUUUCUGUUGGGAGACCUCAAUCAUUACUGAAAUCUCAAAUUAAGAAGCAAAAAUUGGUGAGUGGGGAUUUGUCUAGGAAAAAAACUGAGUUGGAAGUGUAUCUCUCUGAGGUUAUUGUGGAUGAGGAUGAUUCAUUUGACCUUCUAAGAUGGUGGAAAUAA